GCUCCGGUAAUGGGCGGUGUUUGAGAGCAGAGAUCGCCUGUGUGCAUCGGUUUGUGUUGAACGGGAUAUUUCUCUGAACUGAAAGGUGCUGUUCAUGUGAACUGGACCAGCAUUUACACAGUACUGCAGAUAUGGAGCCCAGACAACAGGAAGACAGAGAGAUUUUCCAUGCAGGUUCAUUGGACAAAGAGCCUCUAAAGGAAGUGGAUGAGGACAUGGUAUCAGAGGUGGAUCUCAACAACACUGUCACAGAAGAGGAGCGAGAAGAAAUGGAGAAUGAACUGACUAAGUUAGAAGAAGAAAUCACAACAUUAAAACAAGUCCUGGCCUCCAAAGAAAAGCGUCAUUUGGAGCUGAAACAGAAACUAGGGAUCACACCCCUGUGUGAACUGCGACAGAACUUCUCCAAGAGCUGGUACGACAUGCAGACCAGCACUGCAUACAAAAAGACGUCGGAGACCCUGUCUACGGCAGGACAGCGGACCUCAGCGGCCUUCAGUAACCUGGGCAAUGCCAUCAGCAGGAAGUUCGGGGAUAUAAGGUCAUAUUCUCUUGGCUAUUCUAUACGGCAUUCAAUGAGCUUGCCUACAAUGAGGAACUCGCCUAGUUUCAAGUCCUUUGAGGAGAAAGUCGAAAGCACAGUUUCAAACAUUAAGCAGUCUAAAGUUGGAGGAACAGGAGGUGCGGGCAGUUUUGAAGAGGUCCUGUCUUCAGCGGCCCAAGCCAGCUCCCAGGACACCCCUACUAAUAACAUGACCGAGAAUAAUGAAUGCUAAGGGUUUAAAUGGUCUACCAGUGAAACAUUGAUGACCCUUAA